CAGAAACACCAUAAAUCCUUUACAUGCGCCUCUGUAUGAGGUACUGUUGCCUUGCAAUCUCUCUCUCUCUCUCUGUGAGCCAAAGAUGCUUCCAAGGAGCUCAGGUCUGGCCAAAGACUCCCUCCAAAUCAAGCAGGGUGAUGAGUUCUACUGCAGGCUUCUCUCCGAGGAGAGCUCAGAGGCCAACCCUUCCUUUCGAGUCUACCAUGCAGUGGCUUCUGGGACCGUGCCAUUCCUGUGGGAGUCUCAACCAGGAACACCCAAGCACAUGAGCUCCGCCGCCGCCCUCCCUCCCCUUACCCCUCCCCCGUCCUACUACUACAGCACCAGGAACAGUAUCUCCAUGAAGGCCUCCAAGUCCAGCUUCCUCCGCACCAUUCUCCCCAAGCUCACCCUGCGGAAGAUCCACACCUCGCCUCGGUCGUCCUUGUCUUCCUCCUCCGUGUCAUCCUCUUCCUCGUCGGCAUUUGGGCGCUCCGACCGCCGCGGAAGCUCCUCCAGCCCGGCGUCGUACUUCGCGUCGGAGGAGUUCGACGACGGGUCGCCUGCGUCGACCUUGUGCUUCGGGGUGCGGCGCUGCGCUUAGAGGACUGAGACCAAACACCUUGUGGUCUCUGCUAAUUACAGAGCUUGUGGUGCAACGUCGGUAAUGGCGAGGUGCAACAGACAGUGAUGAAGUGUUUGUCCAAUCUCUCAGAAUAAUCUUGGACUAAUAGUUCGUGUUCGUGUU